GUGACACUUCGGUAUAGUCGUUACAUUGUGAUCAGUGGGCAAUGGUGCCUAAAUAAACAAUGAAAACACUACUGACUAUUUCAACAUUCCUCCUGAUUGUGUAUGGGGAAGAUACUGAUACUGAACCAGGAUACUUCUACCCCUCACCCUCAAUACAAGAAACUCCCCAAACCAACCCACUCACAGAAAACAUCGACAUAAACAGAUUCGUCUACUUCUUCAAAGCACCUCCAUCUGAAAAGAAGCCAAUCAAAAAACCAGUCAUCAAGAUACCACCACCCAAAAAGAACUACAAGAUCAUCUUCAUCCAAGCACCUGAACCUCCAGCACCAGUACUACCAGAGUUGCCAGUAAUCCCCAAGGACGAAGAGAAAACUAUUGUGUAUGUGCUGAACAAAAAGCCCGAGGAACAGCCAACAGUAUUCCUGCCAACUCCUAAACCUACCAAACCGACUUCGCCGGAAGUUUAUUUCAUCAAUUACGGUUUGCAAAAGAACAGCACACCAGCAGAGCAUCAUCCACAAGUCUCUGGGGAACCUGAAGCUCCUACAACUGAUGAAAGCCCGAGGCAAUAUAUAACCCCAUCAACAGAAGCCCCUAGCAGUCCCUCGUUCAAAAUCCCAAGUCAUUACUUGCCUCCAGCUCCUCAGUACGGCUUACAAGGCACACUAGACAUUCCCGAAGCUCCUACAACUGAUGAAAGCCCGAGGCACUAUAUAACCCCAUCAACAGAAGCCCCUAGCAGUCCCUCGUUCAAAAUCCCAAGCCAGUAUUUGCCACAAGCCUCUCAGUACGAUUCACAUGGCACAGUAGACAUUCCUGCAGAAGCUCUUCCUAAGAAAUCAGAGCUUAGUAGUUACUUGCCCCCCAAAACAUCUUAUGGGGUGCCAAUAAAGAAAGAGGUGUUGAACAAACCAUCCGAGGAACAGCCAACAGUAUUCCUGCCAACCCCACAAGUCUCUGGAGAACCUGAAGCUCCUGAAACUGAUGAAAGCCCGAGGCGAUAUAUAACCCCAUCAUCGAAGGCCCCUAGCAGUCCUCCGUUCCAAAUCCUCAGCCAGUACUUGCCUCCAGCUCCUCAGUACGGUUUGCAAGGCACACUAGACGUUCCUGCACAAGGUUUUCCUGAGAAAUCGCAGCCUAGUAGUAGGUACUUGCCUCCGAAAACAUCUUAUGGGGUGCCAAUAGAGGAAGAGGCCUCUUCAAAGUUGUCUACUAAGAAUUCAUAUGGAGAGCCGAUAGAAACGGAUGAUUCUUACCAAGGUCAAGUGCGAAAUAGUAGAUCGGCGUUGAAGACAGUUGAAGGUUUCGGAACAUCUGAGCCAUAUUAUUAUUUUCAAAGAAAAUCGGCUGUGUAGUUGAUGUGAUAUGAGAAUUGUUGAAUGAAUGAAUGAAAUCAAAAAGAUCUAGGUAUGUACCUAGUGAACACCAAUUAAGGAAAAUAAUUCUUAGAAAGUUCAAGUAUUUCCAUACAGAUACAGAAUGAUUGCAAUCAUUAUCAGGAGAUGUUGUAAAUAUGAAUAUAUUUUAGAAACGAAGUUUCUGAAUAUUUUGGAGUCGGAGCUCGGAAUUCAGGAUUCAGCCAUGAUAUUGAUGACACAAAUGAUAUUUCAAUAGAUAAUUACGUUGCAUCUUUUCAAGAUAUUUUAUUUUGAUUGGCUGUAAUUGAAAGCUGUGUAAUAAUGAUCAAUCGAUCUAUCUUCUAUCUACGGUAUGAAAACAAUACACAAGCACAUGAAAGCAAUGUAACAAUCGAGUUCCGAAAAAUAUAAUCUCAUUUAUAAUUCACAUCAGAUGAUUUUGAUAUGAUUUUUAUGGAGAUUCAAACACGCUUGAAUUUUUUAUGGACCUAGAUUUGUCUGAUUCAACCACUUGAAUAUUUAAUUCGAGAUGAAUUUCUCUAUAAAUUAUGGAAGUAUUUUGUAAUGUAUAGAUAACCAUUUAUA